AUGUCACAUCAAAAUAAGUUUAUCGGAGGUUCAUUUGAUCUCUCUCAAAGUGGUCGUCCAUCUCAACAGGAAUGGUUAUUCAUCGAUGAAUCCUCUACAAUAGCAUCUCCUAAGCCUAAAAGACCUUGUGACCUCUCAAAUCUCUUGGUUAUCGUCCCAUUUCCUCCAAAAGUUGAUCCAUCGGAUCUUAUAAGACGCAAUAAACAUGGCGAAUUACUUGCUCGUUCUACCAAUAAGUUUUUGAUUUAUCGUAACGAGUAUGCAAAACAACUUCAUUCCCAAGGAUAUAGACUUUCAAUGCGAGAGGUUUCAAAAAUGGCAUCAAAAGCUUGGAAAAAAGAAGAAAGGAGAGUUAAGAGAAAAUACGAAGAAAUCGCACGCGAAGUUGAAAGAAUUCAUGUAAGAUUAGCAAUGUCUGAUAAUUCUAAACAAGAAUUAAAGAAUAAAAAUAAAUUAAACGGAGAUCAUGUUGCGAAACAAACUACUAACGAACAUGAAAAGAUGCAACAACAAUUCUAUGAUAAAAUACGACUUAAGCAAGAAACACAAACCGGAAUGGAUGUUUCGCCCAGUGAUCCCUGUUCAGUUUUUCGCGAAAGUGAUGAUGAUUCUGUAACCAGUGACACACUGUCUCAGCAAAUUGAACUUAUCGAACCUAUUAUACCUUCUCAACGAUAUGAUGCAUCACCAAUACUCUCGCCAAUAAUGCAUUUUACUGACGCACAAGAAAGACAGCCUACUUACUUUCUUGAACAAGAAGCAAAUAAUAAUCAGCUCUAUCAACUUUAUAAUAAUGAUCCAAUUUCAUUUUCACAACUUAAUAACACAUUAACACCUUCGCAAAUAGAUAAUAUCAUUAAUUUUAGUUUAUCGAGUGCAGAUUAUUUUUUCCAUUCUACUGCAUGCAAUAACUUUAGUACCAAUUCUGCUGUCGAUCGUAAUCUUGGUGCAAAUCCUAUUAUCGUUAAUUUUGGUAAUUCUAUCGGAAAUGGUUCUCCUAUGUCUUUCUUGUAA